AUGUCAGUGCUUAGUUUGAAGCCGGAAGACAACCGAAAGGACCAAAGAAAGGAAUCACUGGAGAGUGUGUACAGCAGCAACUCCCGGUUAAACCUGUUAAGUAAGCGCAAGCGUAUGAAUCCACUCGGAAUGGACCUCUCCAACCCCUCACUGGCUAGGAAAGGAGGAGACAGAUACGUGACGCAGAGGGAACUUAGUAAUGAAAACAAGAUUUUGCGUGCCGUUCAGAAGAAACAAGAAAUUGCACUUCAAAGGUACGAAAAUUCAAAUGCAGAGCUCCCGCAAGUCUUGCAUUCUCACACAGAAGAAGUGCGGAUCCAACAAAUGAAAUACAAACAGUUGAAACAGCAAAACAAAGAAGUAAUUCAGAAGUUGAAAGAACGUGACAUGCAGCUGCAGCAACUGAGGGAUGAGCAUAAUCAUUUAUUGGAGCUGAGCAAAGAUAGGAACCUCCAAGACCGCGAAAAGCUUCAAGCCCAACUUACAGAGCUUAGCAGCAAAGUCCAGCAACAGAACGAAACGAUAAUGAUGUUACAACGUCGUAUUGCCCUCGAAGCGAAGAACUUCAAACACCAGUUGCAGAACGAAAUCAAUAAGCACAAAGAUACGAGACAUGAUUUAGACAUGGCCAUCAAUAAUGCGGAUAAACUGACAACUAUUAUUGAGAUGAAAGAGAAAAUGCUAAGCACAGCGGCGAGCCGGUCAGUCAAGUCACCAGUGAAGACUUCUUCCAGCAGUACCCUCCCGGUGACUAAACAGCAAUACAGCUACAAAACUAGCCGUUCAGAGACUGAUGCAACUGUCAGUGCUACUAAAAGGGAUGAUAGAGUUAACUUGGACCAAAAUAUAAUAGCAAAGUUAUGUGAAAACUCUCGCAACGUCAGCAGUGCAUUAUCCCAUGAAGAGGAUACCUCAUCGUCUACUGAACCACGUUCACGAUAUGGCAGAAGUCGCACUAACUCUACAAGUACCCGCUCCACUUCAAACACUGGUACCAGAAAAAAUUCUAAAAGCUCUGAUGAAAUGGUGGAUCUCGCAAAAACUGUCCAAGAUGGAAUGGCCGAUUUAGCCAUAUUCGAUGACGAACUAGUUAUAGAGCAACAAGAUGAAAUUCAUAAAAAAAUAGAAGGAUUGAAAACUGAGCUAAUGAAAAGAAUAAAAAACGAUGAACCACCAUCUAGAAAAACUAGUGCUUUGAGAAGAAAAACACCAGAGGAGUCUAUCGAAGAACAACCUGAAUACGAAAUACAUGAACGUCCAAAAUCUAGAGGCAGAAGAAACUCCAGCGUUUCAUUCUACGAAGAAUCAAGCAUUGCAGAAUCUACCACAACAGUUGCAGUACAUGAGAAAGAAAAACAAAUUUGUGUUAAGCGAGAAAACAGUUCCAUUGGUGAACGAAGCGUUAAGCGCGAAGGCAGUGCACUUAGUGAACGCAUGAUAGAUGGCAAACCCAUCGAUAAAUACUGUAAGGAUAUAAUGCAAGAUAUCGAAAAGAGCACUAAAGUUAUAGAUAAACAUAUGAAAGCUUUCGGUCAACCACGAUUUGAAAGCGACAAACUUGUGGAACAGCUAGAAGUCGUAGAUAAAAUAAAUGAAUUUGUAAAUGGUAGUGGGGAUAUUCCCGAAGCAGCAUUGUCAGAACUUAACAAUAACUUUAAAAUGCUGACAGAGAAUGUACUUUCUGAAGCACCGUUAGCAAGAAAGCGAUCAAUUGCUAGUAGAAGAAAUUCCCGGGACGCGAGAACAAAUUUACUCGCUGAUUCAAUGACCAAUCAGGAAAUGUUAGAAGAUCUGUUAGGAAGAAAAUGA